UGUGGGAUACGGCAGAUUCCGUCAUGGUGUCCAGUCCUUUCUCGUCGUCGGCCAAUGCGUUUCACCCACCGUUUGUGGAACAUUGACGGGACAGCAUAUGUACCUUGAGACUGGCAACACUGGAACAGCAGGAGAACUGGCCAUCACCAAAGGAUCGGACACCGGGAACCGAAACUUCCAAAUCAAGGUCACAUACUUCACUUGCAAUAGCCUGGCCAAAGCACCCGCAGGAUGCACUCAAUAUUUCACGGGGAAAAGUGGAAACUUCCAAUCGUAUAAUCACCAGGGGGGCCAGCUUUUACAGAGUAUGAAUUACAACAACUGUUUCCGACAAGAAGAGGGAUAUUGCAAUAUUCAAGUGCGCGAGGCAGUUGGAUCCACAAUAGAUGCUUUUUUCUUGUCUGCUAUUGCCGACCAAGCAGAAACUAAUUGCAUGUUAGUAAGCCGGAUUACCCUGGCCAGCCCAAUUUCGGGCUCUUUCUGCGGUGACGUCUUAAGUCCUAUCGCAGCAGACACCAUUCCUUCCGUUAUCACAUCUUCACCCGGUGCGAGUUUUCAAGUGGGUGUUCAGUCUCUAACAGGCGUUAUUUCGGGGAAGACUGGCUUCAACCUCGAUUACAACCAGGUUCCUUGUGCUUGAAGAUCCCAAGAAAUCAUGAUCUUCCAAUGUCAAGUUCAAUUUACGGAGCUUUGACACGCAACAUUGCUUUAUAAAAUCGAGGUCUC